AUGGUUCAAAAGUUGAUAAUUCUUGCCACUCUUUUGGCUGUGGCCUCGGCUGUUGUCAUUCCUGGUCCCGCCUAUCCAGCCUAUGCCCAUGGCCCGGCAUAUCCAGCCUAUCAUGGACCAGCCGUAUUACCUGCCGUUGCCAAAUUAGCUGUGGCCAAAGUAGCAGGACCUGAGCCCUACGAUCCCAAUCCUCAAUACAGUUACAGUUAUGAUGUUCAUGAUGCCUCUACCGGUGACAUUAAGAGCCAACAAGAAACACGUAACGGUGACGCAGUCCAGGGAGCCUAUUCCCUAAUUGAACCCGAUGGCACCCGCCGUUUGGUGGAAUACACCUCGGAUCCUGUGCAUGGCUUCAAUGCUGUGGUGCAUCGUGAACCUGCUGCCGUUAAAGUAGCUCCAGUUGCUAAAGUCUUGGCCCCAGCUCCUCUCUUACAUGCUCCAGUUCUUGCCAAGGCUGUACUUCCUGCCUACCAUGGUAUUCCUGGCUAUCCCGCCUAUCAUAUUGUGAUAUUCAGUGCCUUGGUGGCUAUGACCUCGGCUGUGGUCCUACCGGGUCCAGCAUAUCCUGCCUAUCAUGGAAUACCAGCAUUGCCGGCGGUGGCCAAAAUUGCAUCACCUGUAUUGCCGGUGGCCAAGUAUGCUCUACCCGCAGUGGCUAAGGUGGCCGUGCCCGAACCCUACGAUCCUAAUCCUCAAUACAGUUUCAGCUAUGAUGUCCAUGAUGCCAGUACCGGUGAUAUCAAGAGCCAACAAGAGACCCGUAAUGGUGAUGCUGUACAAGGUGCCUAUUCAUUGAUUGAACCCGAUGGCACCCGCCGUUUGGUAGAAUAUACCGCCGAUCCUGUUCAUGGUUUUAAUGCUGUGGUCCAUCGUGAACCGGCCGCUGUUAAAGUUGCCCCAGUGGCUAAAAUCUUAGCACCAGUCGCCAAGGUUUUGGCUCCAGCUCCACUUUAUCAUGCUCCUCCGGUUCUAGCUAAGGCCGUAUUGCCAGCUGCACCUUUGGCCUAUCAUGGCUAUCCUGCCUACCAUUAA